AAUAGGAAGUGUUUAAUAACUAUAUGCACCUUUUUCAUAAUGCCUAAGAGAACGUUUGAAACCAGUGUGCUUGACUAACCCAAGCUGAUUGACAUUAAAUAGUUUGUUAGACUGGAGGUUAAACCAUUCAAGUUCGGACAUUCAGUAUCUCUACAUAUUCAAACAAAACUUCCCCAGAAACUGAGAUGGUUGCUGUGUUUCUGCUCUUGUGCAUCUCACUGAAGCUGUUCCUUCAGACUCAAGGUCAAAACAUCCAAAAAGCAAAGAUUUAUAGUAAAACCAGAGAGAUUCCAGAAGGUGAUGACCUUGAGGUUACUUGCAGCACGUUUGGUUAUACGACAAAGAGUGUUUAUUUAUAUCUGUGUCAAAACGGGAAAGCUAUAGAAAUGAAAAAACAACGCAAUCAAGAAGACACAGUCUUUAGACUACACCAUAUAGAAAAGAACAAGACAGGAAAUUAUAGCUGUGUGUUCUCAGAAGAUCGUUUGAAAACAACCGAAGUGAUGGGAUAUGGCGAAAACCACAUCUUCAUAAAUGUGACCGAACCCAAGACUUUAAUUCCUGCUGAGAUACGUUUGCUUAAGUCUGAAGUACAAGAGGGAAGUGACGCUGAGUUCACCUGUAAACCAUCAAAGUUUUUAAACAGAACCUCGACCAGACAGUUGAUUUUGGCAAUUUUAAUCAAAAAGGGAACAAAUAUCUCUAUAGUCAAUAUUUUGGACCCAAAGAAGACAAUGGCAACAUUCACACUCAGGAAGGUCAGGAAGGAUGACGCUGGAACAUACAGUUGUGUUGUGAUGUUGAACACACUCUUUUAUCCUGAAAAGUGGGUCUAUGGAAAUAAUGAAGUCAACCUUAACAUAACAGCUGCACCUGUGGUGUACAGCAGCACUGGAGAGGUCAAAAUAUUCAUAGUGUCUUUAAUCUUAUUGUUGUUCAUCAUUCUGUUACUGGGAAUUUUGGCAAUGAUCCAAAAGCAAGGACGUCUUAGAUGCCUCAAUAAAAGAUGUUUGGAGAACGAGGAGGAGCCUAGAGAAGUAGUCCGAGUACUCCAUGAAGACACAGUUGAAGCUGAAGCUGCUGGUGAAAUACAAAGCACCUGGUAUGCCGUCAGUUCUCUGAGUGGGAUGACUUCUCUGAUACUGAAGAUGACGACCUGCAUAUUUAUCAGGAACAUCUGGAUGUUGAAGUACACUAUGCUGUGUCUACUAAAAGGCAACAAAGCAUUGUAAAAUCUGUCUGUGAUGUGUGAAUUUCUGAGGUAGCCUUGAAUGGAUUCUGCCAUAAAACUGUUUUUGAAUGGUCUGGUCUGAGUAUUUGAUGAACGUAUAAUAUGUGCCGAGAGCAUUCGGUUAUUAAUCUCAUUUUUGACAGAGGUGAAGUUUAACGGCUUUUGCAUCUGAGCUCCUCAUACAUUUAAACCUGAUCUGAUGUCCUUCUUUUAGACGUGGCUCACAAUGUGAAGAUUUGCCUUAAGUGUUUGGAAAGUACGUACUAUUUAAAAGAAUAGGUUUCAUUUUUGCCACUAACCGCUUACACACUGCAGCCGAUGCAUAGUUAACCACCUUUACAGCAAAUAAUGUGUCAGGUAGGAAGUGAAACGAGAAUAGAAAUGGAGCAGAAUGCAGAGUGUACGUCCAGUAAGUUUAUCUGCUUAUGAAAUGGCUGUAACCACAAAACACUGAAGUCAAAAUAACAUACCUCUGCUUUGUGCUUUUCACUAAAGGUUAUGAACACAAGAACAAAGAUGCACAAAUUUGCGAUUAAAACUAGUUAAAAUACAUAAACCCAACACCAAUACAGUGUUUAAUUAAGCAAUAUCGCUUGAGUAGGAGUGUGAUAUAGCUCUAUAUCAUCAUUAGGCCAAAGUCAAUCACAGCCGUGAUGAUACAGAGCUAUAUCACACAUCUUUGAGAGCAAUACUAUAUUUAUACAGUUCGACAGCACAAGUUUGAAAAAAAAGAAAACAAUGGAGUGAUUUUUAAAACCUCUUUGUUUGGGGAACUACUUUCUUCCACCAUGAAUUUAAAGCUCAGAAUGAAAGUUUCAGCUGUUUGUUUUAAUAACUCAAUAGACUGAAUAGCUGUUUCUCAAUAUUACCGUUUCUUGGUCAAAAAGUGUAGUUUUAAGAUUAGUUCAGGUGAGAAUAUUUAUGUAUAAUAUUCAAAUCUGCAGUUGAUUAGUAAAGAGAGCGCCUAUUUGAAUAUUUGCUUAGAAAGAUUCGGACGUGAGAUUCAGACGUGGCCAUGGGGGUCGGAUUGGGGUAUAACCAGUACUGAUUACCAGGGCCUGAAGGAGAGAGGGCCCUUAGAAAGUCUCACGGGCACACCCCUUGCUAAUGCGCCAAAUGGUUUAGUCUAUCUGUAUGCGCUUUUUUAUGUUAGUCAGUGCUUUAAGUGGCCCAAAAGAGGUGCCGUUACUCUAAAAAAAUA